CCAUCUAUUCUUAAGAGGGCCAGUACAUACCACAAACUUCUAGGCUUUUUUCACUCCAUAAUGGCCAGUGACCUACGGGAGGAGGUGAACUGCCCCAUCUGCAUGGACACUCUUCAGGAGCCUGUCAGCAUUGACUGUGGACACACUUUCUGCUCCCAAUGCAUCACUGAAGCUGGAAACACUUCAAACAGCUUGUUCCAAUGUCCCCUCUGCAAGGACACUGUGAGGAGGGGCAUGUUCAAGCCCAACUGGUUGGUGAUGCGUCUGGUGGAGAAAAUCCAAGCUAUGGGUCCCACUGAGCACCAACCACAAGAUAAAGAGCUGAGAUGUCAGAGGCAUGGGGAAAAGUUACAUUACUUCUGUGAGCACGAAGGGGAGCUCCUCUGCACCGUGUGUCGGGAAGCCAAGAACCACACGUCCCACAGGAUCAGCUUGAUAGAAGAGGCUGCCCAGGACUACCAGGUGCAGAUUGAAUCACAGGUUGGUGUUUUGGAGCAGAAGGAGGAGGAAAUAAUACAAGAGAAGGUGCUAGGUGAACAGAUGAUCGAUGACUCCAUGGCCUGGGUACUUCUAGAGAAAGAAAAGGCCCUUGAGGAAUUCAAGAGCCUGCGGCAAAUCUUAGACAAGGAGGAGAAAUCUUUUCUGUCUAGACUGAAGCAGCUGGAGCAGGAAGUAGCUGAGAGGAUGAAGCAGUACAUCACUGUCACUGAGGAGCAGCUGGGCUCUCUCAGGACACUCAUUGAUAUCCUGAAGGCCAGGCUGCAAAUGCCUCCCCUGCAGCUGCUGGAGGACAUCCAAGAGAUCUUGAGCUGGAGCGAAGAAUUUCAGUUUCUCAACCCAAUCCUAGUUCCUUCAGACCUGGUUAAAAAUAUCAGUGAAACACAAACAAAACAUGACUCCAUCAUCAAGAUCCUGAAGAAUUUCAAAGGGCCUUCAGCACUGCUCCUGGAGCAAAGCAGCGACUCUGACUGGGAGGCACCUGGAGAUGACAGCCUGGAGCCUGCGGAGAGCCUGGGCACUGACCACCUCUUGGGAUCGCUGGCUCCCGUGACUCUGGACGCGGCCUCGGCCCACCCAGACCUUGUGCUUUCUCGGGAUCUAAAGACAGUGACGCUGGACCUCGGCCCUCGGGGUGAUUCUGCAGGGCCCGCCGACCCGGAGCGCUUCUACCCGGAGCCCUGCCUGCUGGGCCGCCCGGGGCUCGGCGCGGGCGCGCGGGCCUGGGAGGCGGAGCUCCGGGGCCCCGCGGACGCGGCCUGCGUCGUGGGCGUGGCCUCCGAGUUCGCGCCCCGCCGCGGCCUUCUGGGGCUGGAGCCCGGGGCGGGCUUCUGGGUGCUCCGCCUCUCCCGGGCCGGGUGCCAGGCGCUCACCGAGGGCUGCGAGGCAGAGGCUCUCCCGGUCAGUCCGAGGAAAGUGAGCGUCCGCGUGGAUCAUGACUGUGAGGAGGUCGCCUUCUACGAUGCCGCUACACACUGUCGCAUCUACACCUUCCACGCCUCUUUCCCGGGGCAGGUCUUCCCCUUUUUUGGCCUUCUAGCUCCUGGCACCCGAAUCACUCUCAGCCCCUAG